AGAAACACAGUUCAUUGUUGGCAAGUACUGAUCCCUCUCGUUGAGAAACGAGGGAUCCUACGGCUCUGCAGCAAGAUCAAAUUACAGGGUCAUCCAUUAUAGUACAAAAGGGAAACAGCUAAACCUUCCUAUAUGCAGGAAUCUACUCUCUGAUCCUUUAAAAUCAACCUUUUGGGAUUAUUCACAAUUGGUGUGCAAUGGCUGACCAUAUGAUGGCAAUGAAUCAUGGUCGGUUUCAAGAUGGAUCAAACGGUCUUCACCACCAUCCAGCACAUCGGAUGGGAAUGGGUCAGUUUCAAAGUCCUCAUCAUCAUCACCCACAACAGCAACAACACACCUUCAACAGUUUAAUGGGUGAUCACUUGCAUUAUGGAGCAGGAAACCUGAACUCUAAUAAUGGCAUCCGGCAUGCCAUGGUGGCUGGAAAUGUAAAUGGUGGGCAUCCUAAUAAUGGCAUGGCUCAGUCGGCAAGAUUUAACAAUUCACAGUUUAUGGGACCUCCUGUGACUAAUCAAGGAGCUCAGCUGACUGCAAGCAUGCAGCUUCAAAAGCUGAACAACCAGUAUUUCACGCAUCAUCCUUACCAACACAACCACUACAUGCCGGACCUACAUCCUGCAAAUCAUCAGAUAAAUGGGACAAACCAGCAUUUUAGAGACUGCAAUCCAAAGCACAGCACUGGCAUGUCUCCUUCAGUCAGCCAUGUACCUGCUGCAAUGCUGCCUCCUAGUGUUAUAGAUACAGACUUCAUUGAUGAGGAAGUCCUAAUGUCCUUGGUGAUAGAAAUGGGCUUGGAUCGGAUCAAGGAAUUACCUGAGCUUUGGCUGGGACAAAAUGAGUUUGAUUUUAUGACAGACUUUGUUUGCAAACAGCAGCCAAACAGAGUAAGCUGUUAGGUUUGCAAUUUAGAAAACAAAAACUUGAACAUUCCUUCUAUGGACAACAAAUCUUCCAGAGUCCGCUAUUAAUCUGUACAGAGUUUAUAUUUUCCUUUUUCCAUGAUUCUAUAUUUUACUCUUUGAUUUGCAUCCACCUUGCGAUUGAGCCACUUCUCUUACUCAAGCUGUGGGGCAUAGAAGCAUUUUAUUUAUAUAUUUUCCUCCCCCUGUUUUAAGUGACUUCAGAUCUCCUAUUUUAAGGUCUUGACACUUUUUUUUUUUUCUUUCUUUCAUAUAUAUCUAUAUAUCUUGCAUAAUGAAGAGGUACAGUUUUUGGGUGCAUGGACCUUAACGAUAGAGAAUGAUGCACUAAUAAUUCUGCCAUGUUGCUUCAUUUAAUCUAUGCAUUUCUGUGUGCAUUCUCUUAUUUUCCUCUUUAUCUGUAUAUUGAACUGGAAGUAUAACAAUGUGGGCCAAGCCUUGCUGGAUCAGGAUAAGUCCUACUGUUUAUUUAAUUUUUUCCCUAACCCCACAUGCUCCACUCUUAAUGUACAGACAAUAAUCAAGAGUGGAAUAUGAAUCGGUGAAAAACAUUCCCAAAAAUGUUUGACACUGUGCUAAUAGAGUUAAUUUAGUUUGUCAGAAAAAUACUACUGUGUUGAAAGCUUUUUAGGAAAUUUUGACAGUAUUUUUGUACAAAACCAUUUUUUUGAGAAAAUACCUGUUAAUUUAUUCUAUUUUAAUUUGCCAAUGUCAAUAAAGAGCUGCAGUGUGCACUAUUCUA